AUGACGCCGCUAACACCAGAAGAGAGGCAGCAAGCACUGCAGCAGCAGCAGCAGCAGCAGCAGCAAGAGGAAGAGGAGAUGCAGAGGCAACAGAAGGAGCAACAAGAAAAAAGAGAGCUGCAGGAGAAAGACAAAGACAAUCAGCAGGUAGCACAGCAGCAGGUGCAACAUGGCCCCGAAACGGAGUUGUUGCAGCAACAGCGACAGCAGCAGCAACAGCAGCAACAGCAGCAACAGCAGAAGCAGGAAACACCGCAGCAGCAGGAGACCCAUCAAGAACAAAAAGAGAAUGCUAGGCAGCAGCAAGUGCGGGUGCUGAAUGAGGAUGCGCUGCGCCUCAAACAGCAGAAGCAGCAGCAGCAGCAGCAACAGCAGCUGCAACAGCAGCUGCAGCAGAAGCAGCAGCAACAGCAGCAGCUGCUACAACAGCAGCUGCAGCAGAAGCAGCAGCAAGCAGCAGCACAGAGAGCUCUUCAGGCACAGCGAGCAGCAGACAGAGGGCUUGCUGCUGCCCUCCGAGCUGCAACAAGCGGUGGCCACCUCCAGCAGCUCUUCUCGCAGCAGCAAAAGCAGCAGCAGCAGCAACAGCAGCAACAGCAGCAGCAGCAGCAGCAGCAGGGCAGCAGCCUAAGCUAUAAUACUACUCCCUUUGCUAGUCUUCAAAGGGCAGUUUGUGUUAUGAAGGGACUAGUGCCACAGCCAGCAGCAGGAGGGUCAGCAGCAGCAAAAGCACAACUACAGAGACGAGGAUGGCUAGCCAGCAGCACCCCUGGUGGGGUCCCUACACAGAUGCUGCCGGCCCCACCACGACCGAGGCAGCAGCAGCAGCAGCAGCAGCAGUUGCUGCUGCUGCAGCAAAAGAGGCAGAAUCAGCAUCAGCAGCAAGCAGGUUGCGUAAAAAAACGAGGAGGACGUAUAACAGAUUUCUUCUCUCCUCUAGGCAAUAAUAGUAACUAA